AACAAAUAUCGCUUUGACAAACGCGUUUAUAAAGAUCGCGUCCUUUAUGACGUAAUCUGCCUACCAUCAUCACAUCGAAUAAGAAUUGAGCAAAGAAAUAGAAUAAAUUAACAAUAAUAAAUCCCUAAUAUAUUUAAAUUUCUUGAUUAUUUUUCGUACACUUAUUGUUAUUUUAUCUAUUAAAAAUUAUUUAGACCUGAUACAAAUCAUGAAUUAGCCCAUAGUCAAAUACAGCGUACUUUGUGAAUGACAUUUAGUUUUGAUAAUUCUACUUUGUUCCGUAUUGUGAGGCAAUAAGAUUCAUUUUUAUAUACUUUGUAAAUUUAACCUCUGAUAUAAAUAAAACAGGCCGAUUCUGAGAUGGAGAGAUCAGCACUCAUGCCACUGCAGAUAUGCAUUCAGUGCUACAACAGUGCGAUCCGUGCUUUACCGUUCAUAAAGCUGUACAGAGACUCGACCAAAAAGAUUGCCUCAAUCUUGAACAGUCUGAAAACAAUUCAGAUCCCAAACAGACAGAAGAGUGUAUAUAUUUUGAUAGAUAAUGGGAAAAUAGAUCGUUUCGUGGACACAAGAGCGAAAACAGACGCUAGAAAUGAAGAGAGAUUGAAUAACUUCAAAGAAAGGUUGAACCGGAGGUGUAGAGAAAAAAAUGUUAAUACCAAACAGGUAAACACGAAAUUCACCUGUCCGGAAUGUGAGAAACCAUAUAAGAAUCUUUACAAAUUGAACGCACACAUGAAAACGAUAAAAAAGAAAAUGUGUCAUGUAUGUAAACAGAUUCUGAGUACUGAGCUCUUUUUGAAGCACUUGAAAGGUCAUUCUGUUAAGAUUUAUAAGUGCAAAUUCUGUAUGGACACAUUCGAGGGUCCUAUAAGGUUUUCCAAGCAUAGGAAGAAAUGCCACAAAGUGCUGUCACAUUUCUGCGUCGAAUGCAAACAAGGUUUCGAAUCGGCGACCAAUCUAAUUUGUCAUAUGCCAGUACACAAACCGAAAGUGUGCAGUGGCUGCUCGAAAAAGUUUGUAAGCCGUUCUUGUUUUCGGAAUCACUCGGAACGUUGCAACCCAAAAACCAAUUUUGCAUCCCAGAAAUACGUCUGCGAUUAUUGUUCUAAAGAGUAUGGGUUUAAAAACGCUUUGAAAGUGCAUAUAAUGCAUAAUCAUCUAUACGGUUUCCAAUUUCAAUGCGAGGAAUGCGGUAAAACAUUCUCGAAUCGUUCCGUCUUGUCGGAACAUGGCAAUACACAUAAUAAAGUUUUGGAUAGAUACAUUUGUAAUGUUUGCGGCGCCAAAUACAGCACUAGAAGAGGUUACGAGAGGCACAGUAAGAAGCAUACAAAACCAAAUGCAACGAUUAUCCUAAACGAUGGAAAAGGCAAAAUUUUACAAGAAACAAGUGUUAAUUCGAAUAUCAAAUAUGAAUGCGGUAUGUGCAAAAUGAAAUUUUGCUAUCACAAAAGUUUUAAGACCCAUCUUAAAGUUAAACAUCAAGUAAUAUAUAAUAGUUGAGACUAGACACAGAGAUAUGUACAGUUUUAAACUCGUCCUUGAUUCUGUAAUAAAGUUCUUUUGUAGAAAUGGUUAGAA